AUGUUUGCUCGAUCCAUCAUUCGUCUACCAACGAUUCUCUCCCGGGGUUUUGCAACACACACAGGCCCCCUCUCAGCGUUGCCAGCAGCCUUACAUCUUAAAACAGGCCAGUCCUUCCAUGGCCGUUCGUUCGGCUCUCCCAAGAGCGUCUUCGGCGAGACUGUCUUCUCGACGUCUAUCACUUCUUACACUGAGUCCAUGACUGACCCUUCUUACCGUGGUCAGAUUCUCGUAUUCACCACACCUCUCAUUGGCAACUACGGUAUUCCAUCUAACAACGCACCAAUUGAUUCCCAGGAUGUUGGUGUGGUCCUAGAGUCCCAGGGUAUCCAAUGCAGCGCUAUUAGAAAAUUUUCUCAUCAUUCCGCAGUGGAAUCACUGGCAUCAUGGUGUCGCCGCUCAGACAUUCCCGCCAUCACGGGCGUAGACACACGUGCAAUUACGCGCCUCCUUCGUGACCAAGGAACUACUCUCGGUCGCCUUGCUAUUGGUGCUGAUGCUUCCGCUCCGGCACCUGCCUCCGAGCAAUAUUGGGACCCCUCCAUUGAGAACCUUGUCGACCAGGUGUCGACAAAGUAUCCCUACCAGCUUAACCCUACUGGAGAUAUCAAGAUCGCAGUUCUUGAUUUCGGUGCCAAGGCCAAUAUCCUACGUUCUCUCGUUCGCCGGAACGCUGCAGUUACAGUACUGCCAUGGAACUACGAUUUUAACUCCAUUCGCGACAAGUUUGAUGGUCUAUUCCUGACCAAUGGCCCCGGAAACCCGGGUCAAUGUAUGGAAGCCGUUUCGAUACUUCGCAAGACACUUCAGGAGUGGAACAAGCCAGUGUUUGGAAUCUGUAUGGGGCAUCAGAUUAUUGGUAUGGCUGCCGGCCUUGAGGCAUACCGCAUGACGUUCGGCAACCGCGGGCACAACCAGCCUGUUCUCGCCCUCGCAUCUUCAGGUUCCAUCAAAGCUGGAAGGGUUUAUGUUACCAGUCAAAAUCAUCAAUAUGCUCUUAAGCUGACCGACCCCUUCCCACAAGGCUGGGAACCAUUCUUCAUCAACUGUAACGACUCUUCCGUGGAGGGCAUCAAGUCCACCCCCGAGUCUGGAAAAAGAGUGUGGGGUGUUCAGUUCCAUCCCGAGAGUGCCGGCGGCCCCCUCGACACAAUUGAGGUCAGUUAUUAUUAG